AUGGCCAGCUUAAGCAGACGUAUUUUGACCCGAUGCAAACAUUUGAAAUUCGCUAGAUUUUCCAGUACCAGUGCCAACAUCAUUACUUCGGACUUCAAGGAUGUGGAGAUACCCAAAAAAACCAUACACCAAUUUUUUUACGACGAAAUAACCAAUUAUACCAAUUUUACCGCUGUGGAAUGCGCGGUGACAGGAAGGAAAUACACCUACGGCCAAAUCAGGCAAAAAUGUCGAAACCUAAGCAAAAACGUUCGAAAAAAACUGAAGCUGAAACAAAAUGACGUGGUGGCGAUUCUCUUGCCAAAUAUUCCUGAAUACCCUAUUGCUGUUUUGGGGCUGAUGGAAAGUGGCAUUUUAGUGACGUCGUUAAAUCCAAUCUAUACAUCAGAGGAAAUUGCAAGGCAGAUGAAGGACGCUAAUGUAAAAGCUGUGAUUACAACAAUUGAAAGUGUACAAAUAGUAAAAGCUGCAAAUGCUUUAAAUAAAAUUAAUUUACCUGUGAUUGCAGUACAAACUCAGUCGGGUCAAACAUGUCCCCCGGAAACAAUAAAAUUCGACGAGAUGGUAGAUGUGGAGGUGGACAUGCCCGAUAUCGUUAUUGACAAUGUUCACGAUACGGCAUUUUUGCCUUAUUCGAGUGGCACCACUGGCUUGCCCAAAGGCGUGGAUCUGUCACAUUACAACAUUGUCGGUAAUAUUAAACAAACCACCUCGAAGGAGAUGAAGUUCUUAACACACGCAACAGAAUCCUAUCAAGACUGCAUGCCCGCCGUGUUGCCGUUUUUCCACAUCUACGGUUUCACAAUAACACUACUACAAGGUCUGGUGCACGGAGCAAAAUUGGUAACGUUGCCUAAGUUCACUCCUGAACUAUACACUGACGUUUUAAAAAAGAACAAAAUUACCCUGAUCAUUGCAGCGCCACCUUUAGUUUUGUUUUUGUCGGCUCAUCCCUUGGUUAAGAAGGAGUACAUGGCCAACUUGAAAGCGGUAAUGAGUGGAGCAGCACCUCUAGGCGCUUCUGACGAAGAAAGAUUUUUGGAGAAAGUUGGGGGAAACGUUGAAAUUUCCCAAGGCUACGGUCUGACCGAAACAUCUCCAGUGGUGUCCAUGAUCAGCCAACAGCUGAAGGACAAAUUCAACUGCACAGGCUCGAUCGGAGGGCCGAUCCCCAACACCCAGAUGAAGUUGGUCGCGAUCGAUGACGCUACGGGGACGCCCCUGGGCCCCAACCAGCAGGGAGAACUUUUCGUUAAAGGCCCGCAAGUCAUGAAGGGUUACUUCAACAAGCCCAAGGAGACCGAGGAGGUUUUCCAAGACGGUUGGUUCAAGACCGGCGAUCUGAUGUACUAUAACGAGGACAAUUUGUUCUUCGUUACCGAUAGGUUGAAGGAGUUGAUCAAAGUAAAAGGCUUCCAGGUGGCCCCAGCCGAACUGGAAGAAAUCCUUCGCAGCGUUCCGAACGUAUCGGACGCGGCGGUGAUCGGAAUCCCGCACCCGCUCAGCGGCGAAGUUCCCCGAGCGUACAUCGUGCCCAAACCGAACGCGAAAUUGAACGAGGAGGAGAUCAAGGCGACGGUGGCGGAAAGAGUGGCGCCCUACAAACAGUUGAAGGGCGGCAUCGAGAUCGUGGCGGCCAUCCCGAAGAACGCCACCGGCAAAAUUUUGAGGAGGCAACUCAAAUUGGAGUACUUGGAGAAGAAUGCGUGA